CCAGGCCUGCCAGCCGAGGGCGGCGCCGUGGGAGGUGGCGACCGGCUUCUGUGAGAUGAUCAUGGCAGCUCGGACCGGUCAGAGGGCCCUGAAAAAGGUGGUCUCGGGAUGCCGUCUGAAGUCGGCGGCGGCGACCAGAGCCCUAGCUCCUGCGCAGGGGCUUGCGCGGAACGUCAGAUAUUUAGCUUCCUGUGGUAUACUGAUGAGCAGAACUCUUCCACUGCAUACCUCAGUUUUGCCUAAGGAGAUACAUGCAAGAACUUUCUUCAGAAUUGCUGCACCGUUAAUAAACAAAAGAAAAGAAUAUUCAGAGAGGAGAAUUAUAGGAUAUUCUAUGCAGGAAAUGUAUGAUGUAGUAUCAGGAAUGGAGGAUUACAAGCAUUUUGUUCCUUGGUGCAAAAAAUCAGAUGUAAUAUCAAGGAGAUCCGGAUACUGCAAAACACGACUAGAGAUUGGAUUUCCGCCUGUAUUGGAGCGCUAUACAUCAGUAGUAACCUUGGUGAAACCACAUUUGGUAAAGGCGUCCUGUACGGAUGGGAAGCUCUUCAAACAUUUGGAGACUGUUUGGCGUUUUAGCCCAGGUCUUCCUGGCUACCCAAGAACUUGUACUUUGGAUUUUUCAGUUUCUUUUGAAUUUCGCUCCCUUCUACACUCUCAGCUUGCCACAUUGUUUUUUGAUGAAGUUGUAAAGCAGAUGGUAGCUGCCUUUGAAAGAAGAGCUUGUAAGCUGUAUGGUCCAGAAACAAAUAUACCUCGGGAAUUAAUGCUUCAUGAAGUUCAUCACACAUAAAGGGAAAAAGGAACUGGUCACCUGCUUGUAACUAGUUUAUUCACUUUUAGGAAGUGCUUUCAUCAUUUGCUUUCAGAAGCCGGAAAGCAUUUGUUAAACACAGCUUUGAUUAUAAACCUGUACCAUUGAAAAUUUGCACUUGGAAUAUGGAACCACAUGUACAUAGAAUUCAAUCAAGUGUAAUUCAGAGUAAUAUGUAUAUUAGCAUAUUUGUAUUGUAUAUUUACAGUAAUGGGAUGUCAUCACUUGCUAGAAUACUGACAUCACUCUUCUGAGCAGAAAUUGAACCUGUAAAUUUAAACCUUUUUAAUAUCUCCUGAUCUGAAAGAGGUUGGUUGAGAUAACUCAUGCAGUGUAUAUUAUAUUAACCAUGUCAUGUUUAAGUUAUUAAAUUGAGACUAUUUAUAACUUUUUGUCAUAGGGCCUGCCUUGUGGCCUAGGAUAUUUGAGUAAUCAUCAGAUGCUUUAAGUAAAAAUUUUGACUUAAAAAUACUGUUAGUGAAGGUUCCCUGGCAUUUUUCUUAUUUUUAAAUUGUUCUUAUGGGUAGUAGAAGAUAAUUCUGUGCUAUACUGAGGUUAGCUUCCAGAAAAAGUGAAAAAAAAAUUUUUUUUUUUUUUUGGUGCGUGGUCCAGAGUUUUAAAUUACUUUUCUCAUAGUUAGCAACCCUCUCCCAGACACUUUGACUGCUGUUUCAAUAAUGCUGAUUGCUUGUCAAAUUUUGUCUACAACAGUGGGCAAUAGAUGAAGAUAAAUUGGUUGGUGUGUCUCCAGCACUGUGCAUCCCUAUUUUUUAUUUAUUGCGUGUACUCACUUUCAAUAAUGUAUUUCAAACCGGUAUUUUUGUAAACAAAUCAAUGUAAGGACUGAAGUAAUAACUUAAUAAAGUUAAUUUGUUUA